ACACACUGUUGAUGAGUGCAGAUGUUUUAAUGAGACUUCAUAUAACGUUGUCUUUUUACUGUAUUCAUAUUUUAUGAGUAGAGAAGUUGUUACAUUGGCACAGCGUAAUAUUAAUCUGUAUAGGGGGUAAUGGCGACUAGUUGGACUAUAUGUGGCACAUGUGAUUUUCGCCAUAUAACUAGACCGUCAGUAUUUUGGUGUUCCGAAUGUGACGAAGGCCUAUGUCAUGAGUGCACCGAACAUCACAGCAUAUCCAAGGCAACUAGGGGGCAUAGUACAGUUUCUAUCGAUGAUUACAAGAAACUACCAUCUACAAUUUUAGACACAACACAAACAUGCAAAGAUCACAAUGAAAAGUUCCAAAUAUACUGUAAUAAGCAUGAUUGUCCAUGCUGUAAAAACUGCAUUGUAGAGACUCACAACAAGUGUAAAGAACUUAUUGAUAUUGAUGAUGUCGUAAAAGAUGUAAAAUCUUCAAAUGCUUACGUGGAUAUCGAGCACACCUUGGCAGAAAUUUUUGAAAAUAUUAAAAGAAUAAGGAAAGACCGUGAAGAAAAUCUAACAUCAAUUAAGGAAACAAGAGAAAAUGUCGAGACUGAAAUAAAGAUGACAAAGUUAAAGAUUGUUAGCUAUCUGAACAAACUCCAAGAAGAUAUUUUGAGUGAACUGAGCGAAACAGAGGAAUCGGAGAGCAAACUCAUACACAAAUCGUUAAUGUCAUUACAACAUACGGAAAAGGACGUCAUUGAAUACCAAAAUAACAUAGCAAACAUAAAACAACAUGCAUCAGACCUUCAGGCAUUCUUGGUCCUAAAACAAAUAGAACAUGAUGUAGAAGAAAAGAAUAAAAUCAUUCAAGCGUUAGUGAAGAAUAAGGAUUUUAAUCAUGUUACUCUGUCAUGGAAGAUAAACUCUGGUGUACAGAAUAUCCAGAGCAAUUUAGUAACGUUCGGCAAAAUCGUUGUCGAGUCCAAAUCAAGUGACAUAACUAUUGCAUUGAGAAAAAACAAACAAGCUCAGAUCAUUGUUACAGCAUCAGUAGCGUUAUCUUUAGACAAAAUAGAACUUAAAUUAAAGAAAAGUAUUUCUUCGAGAGGCAAUGACAUAACUGGAUGUUCCUUGUUUUCAGAUGGUAAAAUGAUGUUUUCGAGUUAUAAAGACAAAAAGGUUGUUGUUCUAAGAAAUGACGGAUCAAAACCGGGAAAAAUCAAUUCCGAAUUUCAAACUUUUGAUGUAGAACAGAUAGACGAAAGUUUAAUUGCAAUAUCGACUGGCUCUAACGGUGGUAAAAUUAUAUUUGCAGAUCUACUAGAAAAGAAAACUAAGAAAAUUAUAGACGUUGAUGUACCAAAUGAUGGAAUAGCAGUGUAUGGUGGUUGGCUUUAUUUUAGUGCAAGUACGAACGGAUUGAUGCGAGUAAACAUAAUAGAUGGAUCGAUUCGUGAGGUUGUUUAUAAGCCAAUGUGUGGAAGUGCUUAUAUAGCUGUAUUCGGCAGCAAUCUCUACUUCACAAACAAAUCGGAGAAUACUGUGACGUGCAGCGAUUUGGAAGGAAACGUCAAGUGGAUAUUUAAAGAUGAAAGUAUUUUGUCUUUUCCUCUCGGCAUCUCUUUGGAUCAUUACGGGAACGUUUACGUAGUCGGAAACAAAUUUUCAAAUGUUGUUGUUAUCUCGCCGGAUGGAAAAAGAAGCAAAAUAGUAUUAUCAUCUGCGGAGGGACUUGAUUGUCCUCGGGUUUUACAUUAUAACCGAGAAAAUAACCAGCUUUUAGUUGCAAAUCAAAACGGUAAUGCCUUUCUCUUCGAUGUGAUAUUCCAAUGAAGUAUCAUACUUCACGUGCUAUUCAUAUUUAAGUAAAUUUGUUUUUGUACGAUAAGUAAAGAUUUUGUCUUUCAUAAUUUUACUAGUUUUGAAUUUCCAAUUCAAUGAUUAUAAAAAAAAUAUGUCAGAUGUCACCGUGAUGAAUUUUUAUUUGACUUGGUUUUGAUUGAAUUGCACAUUUCAGUAAAUCAUUUAACUGUG